CGCGCUCAUGGCGGCGGCCGGACAGUCAGAUUUGGGAGAAGUGGCCCCAGAAAUAAAAGCACCAGAAAGACAAACAGCUGUGGCCAUUGCAGAUUUGGAAUGGGGAGAAAUGGAAGCAGAUGAUGGCGAAUUUCAUUAUGGAGAUGGAACUAAUGAGGCUCAGGACAGCGACUUUCCAACAGUGGAGAGGAGCAGACUGCAAGAAAUACUGUCACUUUUGGGAUUAGAGACAUACCAGGUCCAGAAACUCAGCCUCCAGGAUGCGCUGCAGAUCAGCAGUGACAGUAUGAAGAACUGGGCUCCUCAGGUUCCCAAAGACUUGCCCUGGAAUUUCCUCAGGAAGCUGCAGGCCCUCAAUGCUGAAGCCAGGAACACCACGAUGGUGCUGGACCUGCCUCCAGAUGCCAGGCCUGCGGAGAAGGAGACUCAGAUAGAAGAGGAGAUUAUCUACUGGGACACGGGUGAUGACAUUUCUGCCGACAUCUACUCGUUCUCUGAGCUGCCCACUCCGGACACACCAGUGAACCCCUUGGACCUCUUGUGUGCCCUUCUGCUUUCAUCAGAUAGUUUUCUGCAGCAAGAAAUCAUCUUGAAGAUGUCUCUCUGCCAGUUUGCACUCCCUCUUGUUCUGCCUGACUCAGAAAACCAUUACCACAUAUUUCUUUUGUGGGCUCUGAGAGGCAUCAUGCGGACAUGGUGGGCCCAGCCACCCCGAGGGCUCGGCAGUUUCAGAGAGGACAGUAUGGUCCUGGCCAGACUGCCCACUUUCUCCUUUGUGCGCAUGGAGGUCAGCAGCAAUUCCAAAUCCCAGCUUCUCAACACCAUCCUCAGCCCAGCCCAUAAGCAGCGAGACUGCUUCUGGCAUCGAGAUCUGAAUCUGGGCACCAACCCUCGGGAGAUUGCAGACGGGCUGGUAGAGAUGACCUGGUUUCUUCCCAGUGGUCGGGAAGAUUUAGACAUUUUCCUUGAGCCCAUGGCCUUUCUCAAUCUUCGAGGGGACAUUGGGUCUCACUGGCUGCAGUUUAAGCUCUUGACAGAAAUAUCCUCGGCAGUGUUCAUCUUGACGGACAACAUCAGUAAGAAGGAAUACAAACUUCUGUACUCCAUGAAAGGAACUGCCACAAAAUACUACUUCAUCCUCAGUCCCUACCGCGGGAAACGCAACACGAACCUGCGAUUCCUAAACAAGUUGAUCCCUGUGUUGAAAAUGGAUCACUCGCAUGUUCUCGUGAAAGUGAGCAGCACAGACAAUGCAGGCUUCGUGCGGAGGGUCCGCUCCAUUGUAACCCAUGUGGCCCGGUCCCCCUGCAGGCGGGUGUCCGUAGAAGAUAUGGCCAAUGCCGCCCGAAAGCUGGGGCUGAAAGUCGAUGAGGACUGUGAGGACUGUCAGCAGGCGAAAGACCGCAUGGAGCGGAUCACCCGGAAAAUCAAAGAUGCGGACACGUACAAAAGGGAUGAACUCAGGCUGCAGGGGGACUGCUGGAGAAAGGUGGCCCAGGUGGAGAAGGAGCUCUGUCAGGUCCCGUGGACAGGAGACUCUCCUGACAAGUAUAGGACUGAGUUGAGGCAUCGGUUAUUAGAACUUCGAACGCAGCAGAAUAGCCACGAUCCUAGUUGGGGGGUGCAGGAAUUCAUCAAUGGUAUCAGCAGCCCUUCUGCAGGCGAAAAGCAAUACUUCCUCAGGUGGCUGGAGUGGGGCCUAGCUCGGAUAGCUCAGCCAAGGGCCAGGCAGCCUCCGGAGACCUUUCUGACCCUGAGACCCAAGCAUUGUGCAACCGUAGACUUGAUCGAGCCGCUCUGGCCUGAGUCCCUGGGAGUGGAACACUUUGUGCGAGAAAUGGGACAGUUUUACGAGGCAGAAAGUUGCCUUGUGGAGGCAGGAAAGUUGCCUGCAUGCCAGAGGCGGUUUGCCCACUUCCCAGGCUUGGCCUUGGAGCUGUUGCUAAAGGGCCUGCCCCUGGAGCUGGUAGAUGGGAGUACUUUAAGCACCCCCAUACGUUGGGUUACGGGGCUCCUGAAGGAGUUACAUGUACGCCUGGAGAGAAGGUCACGGCUGGUGGUCCUGUCUGCACUGGGCGUGCCAGGCACAGGGAAGUCCACUCUUCUCAAUACCAUGUUUGGGCUGCGAUUUGCCACAGGCAGGGUCUGCAGCCCUCGAGGGGCCUUCAUGCAACUUAUCAUGGUGACUGAGGCCUUUAGCCAGGACCUGGGCUGUGACCAUAUCCUGGUGAUAGAUUCAGGGGGCUUGAUAAGUGGGGCCCUGCCCACAGCUGGGGAGAGGUUUGAGCUGGAAGCUUCUCUGGCCACUUUGAUCAUGGCACUAAGUAGUGUCACUGUGGUCAGUCUAGCUGAAACAAGGGACAUUCCACCUGCCAUUCUGCAUGCGUUUCUGAGGUUGGAAAAAACAGGGCACAUGCCCAAUUACCAGUUUGUAUACCAGAACCUCAGUCCCAAGCCACGAGAGCGGAGGCAGCUCCUGGAUCAGGCCAGUGAGGUGAGCAGAGCUGUAGUGCACAUGGAAAAACAGGGUGACGGCAUUCGGACACUGGCCGAUUUGGCUUUUUGUGAUCCGGAAAAGCAGCACAUCUGGCAUAUCCCUGGCCUGUGGCAUGGAAUCCCGCCCAUGGCCGCGGUUAGCCUGGGAUACAGCGAAGCCAUUUUUGAAUUGAAAAGAUGCCUGUUAGAAAACAUCAGGAACGGCCUGUCCAAUCAGAACAAAAACAUUCAGCAGCUCAUUGAGUUGGUGCGACGGCUGUAAGUGCAGAGAGGCUGGCUGUGGGCCCCCUCUUUGGAGUAAGUUAACGACACAGCUAUAUCCAGAACCUGUGUGGGCGUUGACUUCCAGCCCAUAUGGGAAGAGAGAAUAGUGAAAGAUGGGGAGGCAAAGACCUGGAGUUUCCUAAACAGUGCUCAGAAAGGAAAUGAUUUCAUAGGUCUGUUCAGAGAUGCUCUCAGGUGAAUAAAGGCCCCAGGACAGGGAGAAGAGACAAAGCACUGUUGUUGGUUUUUUUUUCUGAAUUAUUUUCAAGGGCCUUGGGAUUUGCCCUUUUGUUAUGGCUUCUCUCCAUUUGUACCCUUGAGUGGAGAGUCAGUCGCAUCUGAUGCUACUGGGUAUUCAAGGAUGGAAGGUCAGGAAGUUGUCUUGAGAAAGCAACCAUGUCUUUCCCUCCAUUGAGCCCACCCAGCAUCUGUGACUCAAUCCUGUCCGUGUAGUGAUGCCCUUGAUGGUCAAGGCACUUCUGUGGCAUUCUGUUCAUUACUGAUUUGUGCUGCCUUCCCUGAUUCCAUUCCAGGAAGACUUCCUACUUGCUGUUGUGCCCAACAGACUUUGUUUACACCACCUCUGCCACCACACUCAACACUGCACAUUGUGAUUUCCCUGUUCACGUGUCUGCCCCUCCCCUAGACUGUGAGCUCCUUGAGGGCAGGGGCUAUAUGUUACCCAACUUUGUACCCUCAGGGCCUGGCACAUUGUAGGCGCUUAAUAAAUGUUUGUGAGUGAAUGAAA